AAACAAUAAAAAGAAUUCAAUUGCCUCACAGAAAUGAAGCCGAACAAAUGUUCUGUUUGUCUCCUCGCCUUGAUUGCAAUUUUAACCCUCAUAAAUUUCGGCGUGUUUCUUUACUUUGCAAUUUCCACGAAAAACAAAUUCUUAGAAUUGGUCGAAAGGGUUGAAAAAUAUGAACAGGACAACGCACUGAAGCUGAAGGAACUCCAGAACAGGGACGUCCGAAUUGCAAACAUCACUACAUCGCCAACGCCAUCGUCGACGUCGACCAGCUUGAUAACAACUAUUUUAAACCGUUGUCAAACUGCACUUUCAAACAAUUUGACCAUCUUGGACGUAGGCGGUGUAAAAUACCGUUAUUUUGUCAGCAAAGGGAAAGCAAAUUGGAACACGGCUAACUCAGUGUGCAAGCAAAGGCAAAUGAAUUUAGCGAAAUUUGAGUCUGUGAUUGUUCUAGAAGAAUUCAAAAAGACAAUUAAUAUAGCAAGUGAUAUGUGGGUCUCUGGUGUAAGCUAUGGUAAUUCAACGCACGGAGUUUUGCAAUGGUAUGAUGGAAGUGCCAUCAGCAGCAGUUUGUGGGCCAUCGGAGAGCCUGACGAUUUUAAAGCCGGAGUGCAGGCUUGCGUCUCUAUACAAAUUAAUAGAUUGCAUGACACCAAUCAUUGCGAUGCUACAAGUCAAUUCAUUUGUGAAGUACCAUCUAAUUGUCAGUGAAACCCCAUUUUACUUGCUUAAAUGAGGAGAUAUGUCAUAUUUAUAUACCCAGUUAUAUCCUUUUUGUUGUUUUACUUCCCUCCGCUUUCAAUUUCAUUUUUGCUUUUCUUACCAUUUGUGAUUUUCAGUUUAAUUUAGCACUAGAAUUUUUUGUGUCGGUUUAUAAAUAAUUAUAAAAAAUAAAUUAUAAUAACUUGUAAAAAACGUAAUGUAUUUCAAUUUAAAUUUAAAUAUUUUGUCAAAAAAUUACAGAAACAGGAUUUCUUUCUCAAUCAUACGGAUUUUUUUAUUACAUAGAACUUUUAUGUCAGUAGAGACUUGUAGAGAUUUUUUCCAUAAUAUUAAUAAUAAAUAAUGCUUGUUUCUUAGUAUUUUUUUGCAUUUAUCCAGACAUAUA